GGGGUGACGUCAUUCGGCGGGAUUUUGGCGCGAAUCUCACAUUUUGAGAAACCGCGACGAUGAUGGAGUCAACGACCCUCUCCUGGGGAGCCACGGCGGGCGCGCUCGCUCACCUCGAGAAGCUCUUGGGAUGCGCACUCUGUGGAGACACGCUGUGUGAGCCGUGCAGCUUGGGAGGCUGUGAACACGUUUUCUGCCGGGGUUGCGUGAGCGAUCAUGUCGGCAACAGCUGCCCCAUCUGUCAGGCGCCGUCCUGGGUCAGAGAUCUGCAGGCAAAUCGGCAGCUUGCCGGCAUGGUGACCCUGUGCCGGCAGCUGCGUGAGCUCCUGGCAACCGACACUCCACCCUCUGACAAAGCGUGUUCACUCUCCCUACAGCAACCAGGGCCACGAGAGAAAGAUGUCAAGCCAUCACCUGAAAUUAUAAAAACGCCGGAACUGACCAAAAAAGCCAAUGUGGUCAGCAUGCAGUUCAGUCCCCGCAGUAGGCAGGUGCGUUGCCGCAUCAAAAAGCCCACUCAGCCACUUGAGGACAAGGAGAAUGCCAAGACCAGUGCUGCAGAUGGAAGUUACGCAUCGGUGUAUGACUUCCAAUCCUCCCAGUCGUCUCCUGAUCAGACACCGAUUCAUCCACCACAGCCCAGGAAACUAAAAACGAUACGGAAGAGGCUAUCGGCUAUUAACAAGUCAUGGGGUUUUGGCAAAAAGCGGAAGAAGAAUACAAGCGAGAGCACAGAUGUUGCCAGUAAGAUAGAAGUUUCACAAAAAGAUCCGGCUGACAACCGCCUCAUCUCGUUUGGCCCCGAGCAAGUGUUUCUAAUCGAUAGCAGUAAUGUGACAUGUAGUGCUGUAAGCGCGAGUGCCACUCCAUCCCCGGACGCUACCAGUGCCGUGGCCGCUGGAAGCACAAUUUUCCAGUCAUUGUGGAGCCCAACGAUGUCAGGAGAGUCGGUCGAGAGCAACCCAUCAGGCGGAAACUCUGAGUCAGAGAAGACGACAACUGACUCUGCCUUGGGAGCGACGAGCAAGCGGGCCUUGGAGGAGCCGAGCGGUGCAAGUCCUUCCAAGAAAGCAAAGAGUGGCUGGAAUGGAAGCAUUUUGCAAAAGUCGCCCCCUGGCGUUGGCGGGAGGCGGAAGGCCGGGGGGAGUGUGGCUGGCUCUCCCGGGACCUCGGAAAUCCUGAAGAAGAACCGAAAGGGCGAGACACCGCUGCACGUCGCUGCCAUCAAGGGUGAUAUUGAUGGAGUUGAACACCUUCUAAAGAAUGGUGCAGAUCCAAACAUCAAGGACAAUGCUGGAUGGACCCCUCUGCACGAGGCGUGCAACCACGGACACGUGCGGGUGGUGGAGCUGCUGCUGGACCAUGGCGCGUUCAUCAAUGCUCCGGGCUACGAGAACGACUCCCCGCUGCACGACGCCGUCUCCAACGGGCACACGCACGUGGCUGGCCUGCUCGUGGGUCGCGGGGCCGACCAGCACGCGCUGAACAUGCUGGGCUUGCAACCGCUGGACUAUGCCAAGAGUGAGGAGAUGCGCACGGUGUUCACCAGCCAGCCGUUCGAGCCCAGCACGCUGCCCUUCAGUCUGCCCGCGAGCCUUCCGACUGGUCCCAUUGGCCCCAUGGUUUUGCUGGACAGCAGACUGACCGAGCAUCAGAAGGAGUCCCUGAAGAGAGUUGCCACAACACUGGGAGGACGAGUCGUCUCCACGUUCAACAACUGUGCAACUCACGUCAUCGUCGACUCCACAAUGCAAAUUCCCCGCACCAUGAAAUGCUUCUUGGCCAUCCUCAACGGCUGCUGGAUUAUCGGCUUCCAGUGGGUGCAAGCCUGUCUGGCGAGGCAUGAACGCGUGCCAGAGCAGGACUUCGAAGUGAGGGGACGUGACGGCUCCCUGCCGUGUCGUGGUCCGGAGAGAGGGAGACUCAACAAACUUCAGCAGCUUCCAGGCCUCUUCGACGGUUGCCACUUCUUCCUGGGUGGCCCCUUCGACGAGCCCUGCCGCUCCGACUUGGCAGAGAUGGUGCGCGUGGGUGGCGGGCACAUGCUGUCGCGGCAGCCGAAGCCCGACAGCGACGUGACGCAGAGCGUGCGCCGCGCCGCCUACCACGCGCGCCGCCACUCGGACCAGGAGUUCUGCACGCACUACGUGGUGUAUGACGGCGCGUGGCUGGGCGGCCGCAGCGGAGUGUCGCGGCUCGGCAAAGUGUGGACCGUCCCGUCUGGGUGGUUGGUGGAGUGCGUGCUCGCGUUCGAGCUCUUGCCGUUUGACGUGUAGAGGGGAGAGAGGGGGGGGGGGGCAUCGCGAGAGUCGUUGGGUGAACACGGAACAAGGCCUGUGGUGACGGAUCGAUGUUAUUGGGUUGUUAAAUUUCGUGUGCACUAAGCCUGCCAACUAUUUUUGUCCUUUUGGAAAAUUGUCUUUAACUUGGCUUUGACCAUUAAGGGCAGGUGAUAAGCACCUGGUUGUAUGUUGAACUUCUUUCAUACCGCACGUAGCCAAACAUUGCUAAUUGGAGGUUGGCUUUUAAAAAGCAAUGAUGGAUACAUCAAUUGAUGUAAGACGUACAAACUCUACUACGUUUAAACAACAUUCCACCUGAACCACACUUUGUUCAACAUUAUCUGUGUCGUUAAUCACUUCACAGCUUGGAAAAAAGCAUGAGACACAAACCUGAAGGCAUGUGAUUGCAGUGAGGGGGUAUGUGCAGUCCCUCUGAUUUUUGUUCUACAUUAUUGUCACGUGAUAUUUGUGUGGAAAAGGGUUCAUAAAGAUCACAAAUUGCAUAUUUCAUAGUAAUACAGCACUGCUUAUCAGAAGUUUUGGUUUUGACAUCAUCUAAUGUGUUUUAUCUAUGCCUAAUUUACCAGUAGUAACUUGUUUUGUCUGGGUGACUUUAAAAGUGAUUUUGCACCGUGCUAAUCGGAGGUGUCUGGAUGUCCACUGAGGAGAUGGAGCAAUUAACUCAGCUCAGGUGCUAGGGGGGGAGUGUUACAUCUCAAAACUAGAAGUUGGCAACUCUUUGGAGAGGCCUUCAUCCAGCAGUGGAUUGAUAAUGGCUGAUUGUGAUGACAAAUGUCUUGUAAUUACUUUGAAAAUCAAGCUUGCACUUCAAUAGUAAUUUCCAGCUCUUUGUCAGUCCACUGCUGGAUGAUUGGACCCGCCCUACUCUGUGUGUCCAGUCAUGGGGGUAAUUGGACCAUACCUCACCAAGCUGGUCAGUGUGGGUGGGUGAUGAAGCUCGUACAGUACUCUGUACUGAAUAUUUUACUUUCGAUUCAUUUUUACGCCUGGAAAUUGUCAGCCGACUGGCCGGUUGCCCUGCUGCUGCUGCUGUACAAACCAAAGUGGAAGUCGCUCAGGCCCCGGCAGCGAUAUCCCACCACAGGCUGGCUGAAACAACUUUCCAAUGGAAGAGUUUGACGGUGCAGAAUUUGCAGUGAGGUCUGAUAGCAAACAUGCUUUUUUGAGGUUUUACAACUGCCAAGGCAACUGGCAUGGACAGCAAGUCAGGUGUGAAUUGGGGUUUUUUUCCUUGCAUUUUAAAUAUUUUGGAGGUUUUUAUCUUGGUGUCUUACUUACUCAGGUUGCCUUGUAACCAAAUACAAUGUUGGAACCUUAAUGCAUAAAAUGCAUAAUAAAAUUGUUUUGCGUUUGGAAGUGACUUUACUCAUACAGCUGGCGUUUAGACACUGCCCCUAAAACGUGACACGAGCUCCCACGUGGGGCACGCGGUCAUCAACAGCCAUGAUCCAUCCACCGCUGGAUGAAGGCUUCUGAACAUCAUUGCUAUUGGCCAGUCUCGUGAAAAUAAUCUUGUUCCGACUUCAGCUAAUCUCAUCGCUGCAUCUCUGCUAGUUUUCCUCUUGGCUGGGUCUUUGCCUGCCAUUAUCAUCUGUCUUGCCUACAUGACGUCAUCCCUCUUAGGAUGUGUCCUGCCCAAGCCCACUUUCCAAACGGCCAAUAUAUCUCAUUUGUUUUUCUCUGAUGUAUGUGUUCGACUUGCUCUGAAAUUUAAUGUUGUCCAUGUGUCAGCAGACAAUUUGCAGUGAUUGAAAACGUUCCUCUUUAGGCACUU